AGCCCAUAUCCUGCUGCAAGAAACUGGUGUUUCGAGGAAAUAAAGAACAUUUAUUAGUAUCUCUUGUUCCAUGGGCAGGUAGGCACCGACACGACAGGUGUGAUUGUGUUUUGUACUCGUCACUAAAGACUGCUAAUGGGCAUCGCCGUAUGACUUAACGGUGUCCCUGAUGGGAGCGCACCAGGGUUCUUCAGAGAUAACUCGAGUGGUGAAAUAAAAACCACUCCAUUUCGUAAGCAGACGUGUUAAAAGAUAACCUGACUAUCUAAUUAGGUGAUCGAUUGUGGUGUCCCGUUGUUAAGCAUAUGUGAGUAGGAGCACCACUCGUUUAAAAAGGCGUGGAGAAAUGUUACGAUGUUCAGUGCGUUAGUGGUUCAUAUUAGUGACCGGUCGAACCGCAUCCAAACAUAAUGGAACAAAUCCAUAUGAUAUUGUUAAUUUUGAGUACAAUAGUACUUAAUUCCACAGCCGCUCCAAUAUGGGAGGAUGAAGAUCUCGAAUACGAUGGUGAAUUCGGAGAGUACUUCGAGGGUGACAUGGUGCUGACGAAGUUCCAACGAGAAGCCAUAUCUGAAGCCACUGACGCUGACAGUCGCAACGGCCUACGAAAUUUGGCGAAACGCUGGCCCAAUCGCACGGUCGUCUAUUAUAUCGAAGAGGACAUCUUUGAUGAGGAGCAGGUGCAAAAGAUAGAGGACGCUUUAGCUGAUAUUGCGAAUAAUUCAUGUCUUUCGUUUCGUCGAAGAGAAAACGACGAUGAACAUGCAGUUUUAAUACAGGGUAAAAGCAGUGGUUGCUUCUCGAGCGUAGGUUUCAGCAUUCCUGAUGACGAGGGCGAAGUCCGACAAGUGUUGAACUUGGCCAAAGGCUGCUUCAGGCACGGCACCGUGGUUCAUGAAAUGCUGCACACUCUCGGUUUCUAUCACAUGCAGAGUACUUAUGACAGAGAUGACUUUGUAACUAUCGUUUGGGAAAAUAUUAAGCCAGGUCAUGAACAUAAUUUCGCAAAGUACAGCAAUGAUACUGUGACCGAUUUUGGAGUACCGUAUGAUUAUGAUAGUGUCAUGCACUACCCAGCGAAAGCAUUCUCUGUCAAUGGUAAUAAAACUAUCAUCCCAACGCAGGAAAAUGUAACGAUUGGUCAAAGACAAGGAUUAUCUGAAAGCGAUAUAUUAAAGUUGAAUAAAAUGUACUGUGAAGACCCUGAUGAUAAGGAACUUAUACUGAUUGAGAAAAACGGCGAUAAAGUGACGGUGAUUUCAGGUAGAGAUUUUGUAGUUACAAUGGCACGGACAAAGUUACCGGUGGUUCUUUUAAUCGCUUGUGCGGUCAAGUGUUUGGCGAUGUCUUAUAACGAAUUGGAGGAUUUUGCGGAGCACAUCAAGAAAACUUCGCAGCUCAGCCCGACACUCAAAAAAGGCGUAGAUCCAGACGUUGACUACGAUGAAGACGAGGUUGUUUCUGACCACGCCUGGGAAGAGAGCGGGAAGUUCGAAGGCGACCUGAUCCUGAAUGAGCGACAGCGAAGACUGAUCGUAGAAGAUGUAGCCGAGGGCCUUGCCAGGAAUGGCAUAAGAGAUGGAACUAAAAGGUGGCCCAAUAAUGAAGUCAUAGUCUACAUUCAAGUAGAACAUUUCACUAGCGAUCAAGUGCAAGCUAUUGAAAGUGGGAUAGAAGAUAUCGCUCGCGCAUCCUGUGUCAAGUUCCGCCCUUAUAGAAAAGGUGAUCGUGAUGCUGUGGUCAUACAGGGUAACCGACGAGGAUGUUUCUCCCAAGUGGGCUACCAAGGCGGGUACCAAGUUCUCAACCUGUCAGGUCGGCACCCGGUCGGACGCGGUUGCUUUCGACACGGCACAGUGGUGCACGAGUUGUUGCACACUCUUGGGUUCUACCACAUGCAGAGUAGCCCGGACAGAGAUGACUACGUCAAAAUUGUUUGGGAAAAUAUAGUACAACCGGCGAGGCAUAACUUUCGCAAAUACAACUCGUUCUCCGUGUCAGACUUUGGCGUUGGUUACGACUACGACAGUGUCCUGCAUUACAGCCAGCGAGCUUUCUCCGCCAAUGGACAGGAUACGAUUGUUCCCAAACAGAGUGGAGCGCAGAUUGGCCAAAGAGUAGGAUUAUCCGAUAAGGAUACUCAGAAAUUGAACAAAAUGUAUUGUGAUGCGGAUUCGGACAGUGGCCAAGCCGAUGAAAACUCUUCAAAAAAGACUGAAUCGAAAAAAAAGAACCCGAAAAAUAAACCAUUUGAUGGUCAUGGAAUAGGAUAUCACCAAGGUAAAGCUGUGGCUAUCAAAUUACUACCCGCACCUGAAACAUAUAAGUUACCUGAUGUGCCAAGUUUUCAUGUAUUUGAUUAUUUUAGUAAAGAGCCGCAAAUCCUGUCGACGUCGGAAAACGAAGGCUUUCGUAUUGGUAAAGAAAUAGCAUACUCCUACAGUCCGCCAGAGCCCAUGAGUACUACACGAGAAAACCACAUACCAGUUCAUGUAGACCAAGUAUCAGAAAUCAAACCUGAUCAUGAUGUAAUAAUUCAGGAGCAGAAUGUUAAAACCAUAGAGAAAAAUGACCGAAAUACUCAGCAUGAGGAACGCCUAUCUGAUUCUAAAUCAGACGUUGACGCAACAAAACAUGUUCAACAUGCUGAUCCACCAAAUGAAGAAAGCCAUGAUCCAGAUUUAAUCGAAGCUUUUGAUAGACUAUCAAAGAUUAUACAAAUGCAUGUUUAUCCUUCACACACACCAGACCUAAGGAUAUAUAAAACGAGUGCACGGUACACCGAUAAUUAUCAUCAACAUGCGAAGGAAGAAAAUGAUAAAUUGAAUUCACCCGCGUCUGUUGAUGUAGAAAAACAGAAGACGGAUAAAAUGAAUUCAGCCAUAAAAAUUAUUAACAGCAUGUUUGAAUAUAGUUCAGAGAAGUCGAUGGCAACGGAGCCAAACGAAGGUAAAGUAGUGAAAGAAGAGCAAAAGAAUGUAAAGGACGAAUUCAAAAAACAUCUUUCAGCAGCGCCUGAAACAGAAUCACUUCCGUGGUAUAAACGCUAUGAUGAGGAAUAUAACCCAGUACAACAUUUUGAAUCACCAAAGAAUAGUUAUUAUAUAAAGAACGAAAAACCAAAAAAUAACAACGAUGAUUGGUUUCAAAAGUAUGUUCAUUACUACCCUAAUGAUGAAUUUCAUGAUUAUUCAAAAGAUAGUUCAGAAGGGGUAAAUUACGCCGGAGAUACCAAUGAAAAAUUUUAUAUUUCUGCAAUUCCAAAACCGUCAGAUCAAUAUUCUAUAUUCCAUGUUCCAGAUCCAGUGACCAAAAAUAGGUACAGAAUUGAAGUCAGCCGUGAUGAUAGAUAACUUUAUAUUUAUACAGAUACUUACAGACAGGUUAACUUAAGUUAGAGUUAAAUAGAUAUAAAGAAUUUGUACAGUUUGUUUUAAAUAAAAAUAAAUAUCCAAAA